UUUAGCGCUCCAUUUGGCGCCAGUGUCCAUAGCUCUGCCUUAAUCGAGUUGAAUCUGUUACUAGGAGCUUUAAUGUAAACAAAGUUACUGACAGUUCUGAACGCUGAAAUGACCGUGAUCCUGCGAAUUUAACGAAACACUGCAUGCAAAGACAAGUGCACAAAAAACAUCUUGAAUGAAUGCUUCAAGUUCUUUAGAUACAUUCUGUCACAGUUAGGAUCAGGUCAGAGUGUGACUCAUCCUCUGUGCCACAUUCAGGAUGUACUUUCCUCCUGGACUCUUUAAAUAUAGUUGAUCCAAAUAAAUCUGUGCAAAAAGGAUUUUGCAAAGAGUAUUUAUCAAACAAAUUCGGCAGACUAUGAGUCAUUGCCAAAAGUUUCCACAAGAUGACACUCUUUCGCCAAAAUUAGACUCACUAUCUUGUGCAGAGCUUUUGAAGAAAAAUUUACCUACAUCCAAAGCCUUACACAGUCUACGAAUGAAGAUCCAGCAACAGAAACUGAGGAGAGAAAUUUCAACUCCAGCACCUGGGGAGAAAGAUCGACAACAUCUUACCAGAAAAAUUUGCAGGGUGUCAAACAAAGAAGCAAAAGCAUCACCAGGUACAGGUGGAGUAAUUAGAUUGGCUGUGAGGAAAAACACUGUAAACGCCGACUACCAAAGAUCUGAUCUCCGAGCUGUUUGAACUAUCAUUCUGACGGCACCCAUUCACUAGCAGAGGAUCCAUUGGUGGGCAAGUGAUGUAAUGCUUAAUUUAUCAAAAAUCUGUUGAAAUGAAGAAGCAAAAUCUACAUCUUGGAUCGCCUGAGACAGAGCAUUCUACGUACAUAUCCGCCUGGAGGAAUGCCCAAGGGCUUGUGAAACUAAUUUUGAACUCACCUUGCAGUGCUGUUUCGCAGGCUGAAAGAGUCAGCAUUAAGGAUCAGAGAGACUGGUCAAACAAGAAGGCUUCUCAACAAUUAGUUGUUUUGAAUGCUCAAACAAAUAGUUCAAACCAAAUGAAAAAGGAUGAGAAUUCAUCUAAGAAGCAUCCCAGCCCCUUGAGAUCUCAAGCUCAAGUCUUGUAUUCUCCAGCAUCUGGAAAGACUUUCAUAAGCCAUGCAGCUUCUUCAUACCCGGUCAAAGCAGUUCCAUUGGCAAACAGAAAUCAUUGCUCUCAAAAUUCCACCUCAGAAGUAUUUGCUAAAAACUGCGACAUUGCAAAGACAACAGAACCACUAGUUGCAGGUAAAGAAAAUGAAAGCCAAAUGAAAUCAAACAGGCAGCCUAGACAUAAUAUCCAAGAGCUGCGGGAAUAUAUGCAUCACCAGGCCGUUGAGAGAAGGAGAAAGGUGCUGCAAAUGAGGAAAGAAGCACAGCGAGAGGACGAGAGGAAGCAAAGGAAUAUGCAUGAAGUAAUUAAGAAGCAAAGGCAAGUGCUCCACAGGGCCAAGAGAGAACAGCAACAGGAGUACAAGAACAGAGGCAGUUCCGAGGAGAAGAAGAGAUGUGCUCAUGUAGCUGACACAACUGAAGAACAAUUGUCUGUCUUUCCUAGACAGAACCAAAGUGUGACAGUAGCUGAGCAGGUGGAUCAGGGCUCAGGCACACUGGGUGAAGCUGGCAGUCCUGUGAGUGCAGCUGAUGCAAAGUGGGCUCAAAACGCUCUGGCAACUCACAGACACAGAGAGGAGGCUCUCAGGAAGACAAUCAGUGCUCUAGAUACACACAUGGCCGAUGAGGCAGCCUGGCUGCGAAUCACAGACCACAAAGUGGCUCUAAGACAGUCACAACCCGCUGGACAGGGCAUCUGUGGAGCCAAAUCAAGGGAAACUUUGUCUGACCAUGUAUCUCUGGAUACAGACAAAGAGACAAACCACAGACAAGAAAGAGUGUCAAUUAAAAAAGAAAUUAAAGAUGAAAAAUAUGGAGUGGAUAUGGGACUGUGUGCUGCAGAUUGUAGACCACAGAUUGACCAGACAGAAAAAGGACAGGAGGAGCAAAGUGACAGCAGUGAGAGCACUGACUCCACAAGCAAGUGGAGUGAGCUGAGCGAGUUGUACAGCCAGCGCCUCCUCAGUCACCUCUCCCUGGCCCAGAGCCAGCAGUUCCUGAGGGAAGAGGAGCUGAGGGCACGCCAGUACAGCGCACUCUUCAGGCUCAGGGAGAAAGCGCUCUGGGAGAAGACCCAAGCUGAGCUUGACUGGUUGGAGCAUAGCGUAAAUCAUGGAACAGCACAAGAUGAUAUACUUGCUUUCACGGAACUCAAGCAGAAGCAGGAGGAAGUAAUUCACAGAUUCCAACAAGAGCAGGCAGAGAUCCACUAUUGGCGAAACAUGUACAGAUCAGGCCGGCACCAGAGACGGUUGCUUCUCCACCAUCAGAGAGACAUUCUUCAUAUCAAACAGUCAGCUAUUCGCUUAAGACAAGCGCUGCAAAUACAGACUCUGCCAAAUAAGAAUGGAAUCACCAAGCCAGAGAACACUUCCAGUUAUAUGGAGGAAGAAGGUGUUAUGCAACCUGGGAUUAAGCCAGAUACUAGAAGCACAGAUAAAGCACCAAGAGAGGAAGGGAGCUUGUUGGGUAAGGCAGGUUUGAGGAGGCUGUUGUCAUCAGAUGAAGUGUGGACUUUAGGAAGGAAGAGGAACCAAGUGGAAUUCGUCCCGGCCGAGCAGGAUAUUCUGCAAGUCGCAGAAUCAAACAAUCCUCCAGCCAGUCCCUCUCACAGGUACAGCCGACAGAACCAGGCUUCUCUUCACCUUAUCAGUCCAGAAAGAAUCAGCAAGACUGAAGGUGGAAGCACUUCAUGUCAGCGUGACUCUGUGAAGGCUCUGAAAUCAGGACCUGAAGUUAAUGAACAAGACACUCAGAAGAAGGUACAAGGGCUUUACGAGGACACCUGCACACUCAAGAGAGAAAGACUGCAACAUCCAUCUGAAGUGCCAAUGAAGCCGGUUUUAAAUAUCCAUCAUUUCACACUCAACCGUGAGCCUCACUCAGAUUCACUCCGAGCCCCAAUAGUGUCCAGUUUGUCAUCUGACAAAAAAGAUGAUCUCCGAUUGGACCCUAAGAAGAGCCAUCUUAAACCCAAGGAGCAAGAAGACAUAAAGACGACAAACGUGGUCCAUGGCAGCACAACAGCAGAUACCACAGCUCUAAAUGUACAGAACAAUCAGAGACUUCACAGUGUGCUGACGCUGAACAACAACCACAAUAUCUGUGACCAAGAUGCCGAGGGGCAAUGGAAGUCAUCUCUUUCAUACUCCAAAACCGAUAAAACCAAUGAGUUUCCUGAACAAAAACCUCAGGCAUGUACAAAUGAGACCGUCACAGACAAUCCGCUUAUUGAAAACUUAAUUCUGGAAGCAGUAAGUGUGGAAAUAAGAAAGGCUGAGGAUAGUCCAUCUUGUGAUGUCAGUCUAUCUGAGAUAGAUGAGAAGUCAGAAGCAGUUUCGUUUCAUAGUGAAGCGCUCGCUUGGUCUGAAGAAGAAAGGGACUGUCUCGAUGAGGAGAAGAUUGAAGCAGCUCAAGCAAGUAGUUGCUCUUUAGUUUUUGCAGAAAAGUACACUGUGGUACCAGACGAUUCUCAUCCUUAUUUGAACAAUAAACAGGAAGGACGCUGUACACCGCCAUGUUACGAAAGACAAGCGACUGUAGAGUCGACGCUGUCAGAAAUUCUCUCUCCUGUAGAUGAGGUUUUGUCUUACGGAAGUGCAGAACUCCCUCCAUCCGUUAAAGGAGGAGCCGCAUCAGGUCUUGACAGCUAUGGUUGUCCUCCUCCUCCUCCUCCUGCCUUUGAGAUUAUUACAUGGACCAGUGAGGAGGAACUUCCAGCUCCACCUGAUUCUGUAGACGAUCUCUCAAUUAACAGCGAGAACCUCCCUCCUCUCCCUGUGGACUUCUCUCUGAAAAGAAAAGAGUCUCAGAGUCUAGACUCUAACAGUCUGAGGGAAAAGGAGGUAAACGAUGAUACGAAUGGAGCUCUGUGUGAGGAUGCAGAGGAAAACGACUGUUCAGAGUACACUGGCUCACUUCCUGAAGAUGCGAGAAAUGAAUUCUCGGAUCCAUUGUCCUCCUUUCAAAUUGGAGACAGAGUUCUUGUGUGUAACUCUAGACCGGGUGUGCUGAAAUAUAAAGGCCUCACGGUGUUUGCCAAUGGGUUUUGGGCUGGUGUUGCUUUGGACACUCCUAAUGGAAACCACAAUGGAACUUUUAGAGGUGUGAAGUACUUCAGCUGCAACAAAAGCCACGGUGUCCUAGUAAGAGCCGAGGACAUCGCUCACAUACACAGAGAACAUAGUAGUGAUGUAGAGACUGGGGUGGAUGAAGAUCCCUUCUCAGAUGAGGAGCAGCCUAGGGCAAAGAGAGAUAAACAACAGAAGGACACAUCGUCGGCAGAUGGACAAAGAGGACAUCAACUUAGUCAGUAUCCUCCUAGAGAUGAGACCAUACCUACAAACAGCACACGCACACGACAAAAAGAACCUCAGGAAGACAUGUCAGAUGGAGCAAGAAACCUUUCACAUGCCUUUGAAAUGCCCUCAACAAGAACCGACUUUGAGCUCCAUCAUAAUGAGCUCCAUCAAAACAGGCAUCAUGAGGAUGCUAAGCUGACAGAAGAGCUGGAUAAAGAUGGAGUUCACUGUGCUCAGGAUAAUAGAAAGAGACAAAGGAUUAAAGCAUUGCACGACAAUCACUCUACAGAUACUGAAGUCAGAAAAGGUGAGGAUGGUCAUUUUAUGCCAUGUGUCUUGGAUCAGUGGCAUCAGGCCCAACCCGACACGCCACCAAAGAUAAAAGUUCCGCCCCACGAAGACAGCAUUGUGUACAGAUUAGUGGACGCUGCAGUGGAGAUUCUGUGUGGCCAAGCAAAUGAAGACACUCUCGACCUUUAUGAAACACCAAGCUAUUUAUUAGACGACGAUAGUCGCAAACGUUAUCGGAAGGUGAUUUUUCAGUUAACAUCUGAUGUACUUCAUGAGAUUUGGGGUGAUCUGUUAAGGACAAAACAAUCUGCCCAGAAUAUAGAUGAUCAAUCUGUGAUCUCAGCUCUGCGAUCCAGUCAAAUUUCAGUCACAUUUUUAAAGGCUGCCGUGAGAAAAGAGAUACAGAAAAUUCUGAAUUUAGAGCGAAGCGAGCAACAGAUGACAGAGAUGCUCCAAAAACUGUGCAAAUACUGGUACGCCAAGCGAGACAGAGUGGACUUUAUACUGAUUCAGGAACUUCAUAACGAGGAAAGACCGUGGCUAGACUACAGUGCUGACCAGUACACUGUGAAAAUGCAUCUGACUGAGGAGAUUUUUAGUCUUCUUUUGGAUGACACAAUAUUAGCUCUAAAUCGUAUGCACUUUUCAACUUAAAAGACAAGUUUCAGAAUCUUGACAUUUUCAUACUUGCAUCUCUGAUAUGUUCUUUGAUAUGUUGUUGUUUUCUUUUUGGGUGAAUCUUUCAAAUCCUGUCAAGAGCAUGUCCAAGUCAUAUUUCACAAAUUAUAUUUUGCUUGAAGAACGUAAACCCAUAAAAGCCAUUUAGAGCAGUUUUCUUGCAUUAUGACAACUGAACACAUUUUCACAUAAUUUCCACUUUUGCAAUUACUGUAAAGAAAAAAAUAAUAUUAUUCUCAUUACUGAAAUUCUAAAGAUAUUAUAUAUUAUUUACAUUUUAAAGUAUUUAUAUGUCAUAUUAUUAUUGUUUGUGUUGCUUUUAAUGUCUGCUGAUUUAAUCAAAAGUAAUGUAUCACAGUUUUAAUGAAUUAAAAGUAAUAGGUUACUUUAUUACAGUAAUGAGAAUAUAAUGCAAAUAAUCAUGGAGAAUAAUGGGAAUAAAAAAAAAUAAAAAACUCAAAACUACAUGUACUGAUAUAUUACAUUAUUGAGAAUUUUUGUUCAAUGUGAACAAACAUAUCAAAAUACAAACAAACAAAAGUAAAUUAAUUAAUUCAUUUUCUGUAUGCAAUAUAUUUCUUUUAAUUCUGGGAUGAAGUUACAUGAACCUAUUUUUGUGAGAUUUAAUCUUUGUCUUUAAUCAUUCAUCAUAUCAAUCAUUACUUUAAUGAUUUUUAAAAAUCAAUUAUGUGUUUCUGUACA